CCCGAACAAUAAGAAAUCCUUGAUCUUGAACAAGUUCAGAAUUUCCUCUGUUUUUCUUUUGUUGUGGGAAUUUCUGAGUGUUUGGGAGAGAAGAAAGAGAUGGCAUGGAGGUACCGUUACAAGGAUUAGCUGCCCUUUACAGCUCUGGUGAAUAUGGAGUGUGCAAAUGUUGGGUUGAACACUCUGUUCAAGGCUGCUACUAUGAAGGGGAUGAGCAACCAAAUCUUCAUGGCAUAGCUGCUCUUCUUCUCCUCCCUGCUCCCUUCUUCUCCUUCAGAUCAAGAAUAGUUCCUUCACUCAGCACCUCCAUCGUCUGAAAAAUUGGCCUUCUUGGGCUAAUUGGGCUGCUACUAUGAAGGGGAUGAGCAACCAAAUCUUCAUAGUUUGUUCUUAUGGCAUAGCUGCUCUUCGUCUCCUCCCUGCUCCCUUUUUCUCCUUCAGAUCAAGAAUAGUUUCUCCACUCAGCACCUCCAUCAUCUGCAAAAUCGGCCUUCUUGGGCUAAUUGGGUAAGUCAUACAGGCUGUUAUAUUGUUCUAAUCUCAUUUGACAUUUGAGAUCUAUUGGGUAUCACGUUUUCUUUUGGGUUAAGAAGGUCAAAAGUCAGGCAGUAUCUAUUUUCUAUUCUGAUAUUUAUUUUUCAU